AUUCAAGGUUUGUUUAAGCUAAGGUAUCAGAAUAUGGCUGCCAAAUAUACAAGGCAGGGUUUUGGUGAUGAAGAAAGCCAUCCCCAUCAAAAUGGUGGAAGCAAUAGAGUUGAAGAUGUGUCCUCUACACCCACCAUAAGCAACGGUAACGGUAACGGUACUCAUCAAUGGACUGGAGAAAAGAUCCCAUCUUCCCACCUCACUCUUGCCCAAAAGCUUGGGUUAAUGGACUUCCUUUCCUUGGAUGUGUGGAGAGCUUCAAUGGGGGAGGUGUUUGGGACAGCAGUGUUAGUCUUCAUGCUGGACGCCAUAGUUAUAUCAACUUAUGAAAGUGAGGUGAAAAUGCCAAAUUUGAUCAUGUCCAUCCUUAUUGCGAUCGUCAUCACGGUUCUGUUGCUGGCCGUGUUUCCGGUUUCCGGCGGCCACAUAAACCCCACCGUCACCUUCUCCGCCGCCCUUGUCGGGAUUAUUUCCAUGUCGAGAGCCGUGAUAUAUAUGGUAGCACAGUGUGUUGGUGCCGUGUUGGGUGCUCUAGCACUCAAAGCCGUGGUGAGUAGCAGCAUCGAGAAUACUUUCUCGCUCGGCGGAUGCACCGUCACGGUGGUUGCGCCCGGUCCGAACGGGCCGGUGACGGUUGGGCUGGAUACGGUGCAGGCUUUCUGGCUGGAGGUUUUCUGUUCCUUCGUCUUCCUUUUUGCUUCCAUUUGGAUGGCUUAUGAUUAUCGUCAAGCUAAAGUCCUCGGGCACGUCAAGGUUUUCACUGUCGUCGGAAUUGUGUUGGGCCUCCUCGUGUUCAUCUCGACGACGUUGACGACGAAGAAGGGAUACGCCGGCGCCGGGAUGAACCCGGCGAGGUGUGUCGGUGCAGCACUGGUUAGAGGCGGUCAUCUUUGGGAUGGACACUGGAUAUUCUGGGUUGGGCCUCUUAUUGCAUGCGUCGCGUUUUAUCUCUACACAAAGAUCAUCCCCGAACGCCAUUUCCAUGCUAGUGGAUAUCCACACGAUUUCUUCUCCACUGUCAAGGUGGGCCUAGGCAUUAGGCCUAGUAUCUAAUGGGCCAGAAACCCAUAAACACCAAACUUGUAGUGGGCCUCUCAAUAAUGCAGCAGAAUAUCAGGCCCAAACCGCGUUGACCGUCAUCCUUUUUUUUUUUUUUUUCUUUUGUUUUUGUUUUUGUUUUGUUUUGUUUGGGGGCAUGUUUGUACUUUGCUUUGAUUCUCUGUACUUGAAGCAUUCAUAGAUGAGUGUAUGCGCUGUGCGCAUUUAGAACAACCA